AUGGAUGUUCUGGAAUCGAAAAUACUCAACGGCCAGAUCCUUUCAGCCCAAGAAAUAGACCAUCUGUGCACAAAAGCAAUAUCCAUACUUGUGAAUGAGCCUAACAUCCCCUCGAAAUCUUCGCCUAUCACCAUUGUUGGCGACAUUCACGGUCAAUUCUUUGACCUUCUGAACAUUUUCAAGAAAUUCGGUUCGCCCAAGCACACGCGUUACGUAUUUCUUGGUGAUUAUGUCGAUCGGGGUGUUCACUCGGUAGAAACGCUCUCUCUACUUUUGAUAUACAAGGUGAUGUAUCCUGACAACAUGACAAUUCUGCGUGGCAACCACGAAAGUAACAAGAUUAGUUCUAUAUACGGAUUCAGCGAUGAAGUGCGCAAGAAGUAUGGAGACCUGGCGGUAUAUCGUGCAUUUUGUGAGGUGUUCGAAUAUCUUGUGCUUGGAUGUAUCGUUGAUGGGAGGCUUUUCUGUGUGCACGGGGGGAUUUCGUCCAGUAUAAUAAACCUGGAUGAUUUCAUCAAGAUGCCAAGGUUUUACAAGGCACCCGAGAAAAGCAAAAUUGGUGAUUUGCUAUGGUCCGAUCCAUCGCAGCAGCCAGGUUUUACAACAAACGUGCGAGGAACCGGAUGUGCGUAUGGUAACGAUGUGGUGAUAAAGUUCCUCAUGGUAAAUCAACUGCAGAAGAUCAUACGUUCGCACCAACUGGUAAUGGAAGGCUACAAAUUUAACUUUAAGGAUGAGAGUGUGGCAACCGUGUGGUCAGCACCUAACUACUGUUAUAGAUGCGGGAAUAUAGCAUCUGUGCUGAUGGUGGAUGGAGAGGUAAGAAAAGAAAAUUUUAAACUGUUCGUAGCCGUAGAUGAUCAAGCACCUGGUUAUGAUCUAAAAAGCUUGUUUUUUAGAUAGAAUGGCGACUAUCGUCCUGCAAUUGAAAAGAUAUUCGUGAAGGAUACGUAGCAUAUG